CAGCUGCGGAGUCUCCACCUGGAAGAGCCGCGGCUGCCGAAGAGGAGGAGAACGCAGAGGCCGGCCGGACCCCGGACGCGCUGACCGCCGCCGCGCCGCCGCCCCCCGCUCGCGCUGCCUCCCGCUCGCGCUGCGCCUCCAAGGUCAUCCCCGCCCCCGAGAUGGAAACCGUGCAGGAGCUGAUCCCGCUGGCCAGGGAGAUGAUGGCCCAGAAGCCCAAUCGGAAGCUGGUGAAGCUGUACGUGCUGGGCAGCGUGCUGGCCUUCUUCGGCGUGGUGAUCGGCCUGGUGGAGACUGUGUGCUGCCCCUUCACCGCCGCCAGCCGCCUGCGGGACAGGGAGGCAGCGGUGGCCGAGCUGCAGGCCGCCCGGGAACGGAAGGUCCUGGAGACCCAGGCCCCGCUAGAGAAAGGCAAGCAGCAGGAGGCCGUCCUCUGCAGCCGGGCGCUCUCCAACCGGCUGCACGCCUCCUAGGACCCCUGGGAGCCGGCAGAGGGAGGGGACAGAUAGCCUGAGCGUGAGAAGAGAGCGCGCCUAGGGUCAGGCCCAAGUGGGAGAGAGCAGGAGUCCUGUGCUGUUUGGACUUACAUCUGAGAAGCCACUGACUUCCAGAACUGAAC